CAUCGUGAUGUAGUUAGACCCAUUAAAUGUGUUAUAUACAACCACAGGCUUCUGUCGUCAAUCUAUUAUAACUGGCGACGAGGAUGGGAUAAACAUCUACUAGAAAGAGCACCUACUUACGCAAAAAAGAGAAAGUCUUCAAAAUGGAUGUUGAUGAAGACGACUUUAGCACAAGCAUAGAUAUGUUUGAAGAUUUUGAAGAUGAUAAAAAUCUGAACCUUAUGGACGUAGUAGAUUCUACUUGCGAGGAAUUACCUAUUAAUGAAUCCACUCAAAUUUUGUUAAAAGAUAAAAAUGAAAAAGCCAGUGCUUCACCUGAAGACAAUUCACUGAAAAAAGACAGCAUUGAAACAAGUAUUUACAAUUAUUCAGAUAACUUCCAAAAGAGUCAAGUAAAGCCAUCUGAAAUAGUUAAAAAUAACAUCAGGCGAACAGUAGAACAUGAUGAUGGUUAUGUUGACCAAUCAGGCAACUCACAUUCAUUUGAAGGCCUGCCUAGCAAACGACACAAGCCAUAUGAGUCAGAGUCUUAUGGAACUAUAUCUACCAUAGAUACCACUAUCGUGUUCCGUGGUGAUGUUUGCCCUGGGAAGGGACAGUCUCAGUCUAAAGUUUUAGAAUCUGCCCAACAGGACAAUGUUUUACCAGUAUCAACUAUGCCCAGCACAACGAGUAACUCUCAGCACUCAAGGUGGACUCAACAAAGUGCAAGCAGCUCUCCAGAAAGUAAUUUAAACUUAGAAUCACCUCAGAGCAGUCAUGACAUUAAAUCACCAUAUACUUGCCCAUUCUGUGAUAUACCUAAACCUGAUUUUGUCAGUUUAGAACAUCACAUAGCAACUUCUCACCCAUAUGCUAGUGAUCAACAAAGAUUGGCUGCUGACAGUCUACACAAUUUUUUACCAGAGGAAACACCUUAUCCAUUUGUUUGCCCUUUUUGUGAUAUCUGCUUUGAUGAUGUUGUCACAUUGGAGAUACAUCUGGCUGAAUUGCACAAUGAUGAGAUAAACAAUAAAGAAAAUUUAAUUGCAUGUCCUCUAUGUGAAGCUAUGUAUGCAUCUGAAGAAGAUAUGAAAGUUCAUAUCAAGUCACAUGAGCAUGAUCGAACUUUUUAUGGUGUUAGUGUCAGCGCAGCUGUAUCUAAUACAGGAGCAGGGAGCAUGUCUGGAGCUUGUCCAGUAUGCAAUCAAGUUAUGAUGGACCCCGAUCUUCUUACAUCACAUGUUGAAAGUCAUUUUAACCCACAACACUCUCCAGAACCUUGGAUGAUAGCUAACCAUUCGAAGCAAAAAGAAGUCAUUCCAGCAUCACUUCAAAGAAAACUUUCUUCUGAUAAAGAAUCUGUUACCAACAAAGCUUCACCCCAAGUGAAGGAUAAUCACCAUGGCACAUUGAUGAAUGGCAACAUUUCUAAUCCACAUCAACAAAGGGCCAGCACUCUAGCACAAUGCAAUAAAGAAACAAGAGCAAAUCUUAACAGAAAAGAAACUAACAUUCCAUCAAACAUUGCUGAUAAGCAAUCAACCAGUGUUGACAGUAUAAAACCAUCAGCUACUGAUAACAGUAGUAAACCAUCAGCUGGUGCUAGUACAAUUAAAUCUUCAAGUAGUGUUGAUAGUUACAGACCAUCAACCAACCCUAGCAGAAUAAAACAGACAACUGUGGUUGAUAAUUUUAAAUCAUCUACAAGUGGUGGUGGCUUUAAAGUGUCCAAUGGAAUAAAUGGCUUUAAACCUUCGGGUGGUUCUGAAAGUGUUGGCUACAGGCGCCAGUAUGAACAGAAUUUGGAGAAAGAUGUGGCGGCUGGGAAGCUGUCUGUUGCCGACUACCACAUGCGUUUGGCGAAGCUUAGUCAGACAGACAUGAGGGGGAUGGAUGAUGGCAGCACAAGGGUGCAAGGUUUAAUUCAGAAAAUUGCUGCCUUGUAUCAAAACCAAGCUCGUGGUGGUCAGAAUGUUUUUCUGUGCUCCCCCACUGACCAUUAUUCUAGUUCCUAUGGCGACAGAGGAUGGGGCUGUGGUUAUAGAAACUUUCAAAUGAUUUUGUCUUGCCUGUCCAGAAUUCCUAUGUAUGCUGGGAAGAUCUUUACUGAUGGUCAAAUAGUGAUUCCAUCCACUCCUAAAAUUCAGCAAAUGAUUGAACUUGCCUGGCAAAAGGGAUUUGACCAAGAGGGCAGCAGACAGUUCAAUGGAAAACUGACCAACACAAGCAAGUGGAUAGGAGCCACUGAAAUCAUGGCCACCCUGUCAUACCUUGGUGUUAAGUGCCAACUUGCAGAUUUUCAUGCCCCAAGUGCUCCUAACGGGACUCAUCCUCUGCUAUUUGAGUGGGUGAAUGACUAUUUUACCAAGAAUCUACAUCAGCCUAAAGUCCCACUUUAUCUACAACAUCAAGGACAUAGUAGGACUAUCAUAGGCAUAGAGAACGAACGAGGCAUUACAAAACUUCUUCUUUUUGAUCCUGGCACACCUAACAAGCAAAUGGCAGAGUUAGCUAAAAACAACUAUUUGAUGUGGAAAGAUAUGAAGGUUUUCAGAAAAACCCUGUUAGGAUUCCAGGCCAAACAGUACCAAGUUAUAGCAGUCUUGGGAUUAUUAAAUGAAACGGAGUAUGAAGAAAGUAAACUACUCAAAUCUGAAAUAGUGUCUUGACCAUCAAACAAAAUUUAUCAAUGUAUACACCCAUCUGAUUUUGUUAAUAAAAAUUUAAUAUACAAUUGCUAACGCAAAGUUUGACAAAGGUUUUGCUUAAAUAUUUUUUGUAUCUGUUGCUAAAAACAAACUAAUUCAGUCAGCUAGAACAGACCUAAGUCUCUGGUGAUAGUAGGUUAUUUGUAAGGGAUCAUACAAAAAAUAAGC